AGCCCACAACAGUCGCAGCGCGCCGCCCGCCCGGAGCCGGCGACAGGACGAGGACGCCAGCGCGCAGCCCGCGGCCGAGCACCUGGGGAGCAGCGCCAUGUUUCAGGCGGCCGAGCACGCUCAGGACUGGGCCAUGGAGGGGCCCCGGGACGCGCUGAAGAAAGAGCGCCUGCUGGACGACCGCCACGACAGCGGCCUGGACUCCAUGAAGGACGAGGAGUACGAGCAGAUGGUGAAGGAGCUGCGCGAGAUCCGCCUGGAGCCGCAGGAGGCGCCGCGCGCCGCCGAGCCCUGGAGGCAGCAGCUCACCGAGGACGGAGACUCGUUCCUCCACUUGGCCAUCAUCCAUGAAGAGAAGGCUUUGACCAUGGAAGUGAUUCGCCAGGUGAAGGGAGACCUGGCCUUCCUCAACUUCCAGAACAACCUGCAGCAGACGCCGCUCCACUUGGCUGUCAUCACUAGCCAGCCAGAAAUUGCUGAGGCGCUGCUGGAAGCUGGCUGCGAUCCUGAGCUGCGGGACUUUCGAGGAAACACUCCGCUGCACCUUGCCUGCGAGCAGGGCUGCCUGGCCAGCGUGGGCGUCCUCAAGCAGACCUGCACGGCCCAGCACCUGCACUCCAUUCUGCAGGCCACCAACUACAACGGCCACACGUGUCUGCACCUGGCCUCCAUCCAUGGCUACCUGGGCAUCGUGGAGCUGUUGGUGUCCUGGGGUGCUGAUGUCAAUGCCCAGGAACCCUGCAAUGGGCGCACGGCCCUCCACCUCGCCGUGGACCUGCAGAAUCCGGACCUGGUGUCGCUCUUGUUGAAGUGCGGGGCCGACGUCAACCGGGUCACCUACCAGGGCUACUCCCCGUACCAGCUCACAUGGGGCCGUCCCAGCACCCGGAUCCAGCAGCAGCUGGGCCAGCUGACCUUGGAGAACCUCCAGAGGUUGCCCGAGAGUGAGGACGAGGAGAGCUGUGACACGGAGUCGGACGGCACGGAGGACGAGCUGCCCUAUGAUGACUGCGUGUUUGGAGGCCAGCGCCUGACCUUAUGAGCCUGGAUGCCUGGAAAACACGUGGACUUGUAUAUUUGUACAAAAAGAGAGUUUUAUUUUUCUAAAAAAAAAAAGAAAAAGAAAAAAAGGGAAAAAAAAUGCCAAGGGUGUCUUCCCGGCCCGAAGCGCUCUACUGUGGUGGAUUGGCCCGUGUUUGGCUGUUUUUGUGAACUUUGCCUCGGGGAGAAGAAAGAUGAGGGUUCAGAGGAAAAACACCUCUUAAACUUCGUUCUGGUGGGAGCUUUGGGGACGAUUAUCCAAAAUCUCGUGAAAGGACCACGUUUUAUUUAUUUUGCUUCUGGUAGAUCACCUGGACCUGGUGGCCAAUCCUGGGGGGAUCCUGUGACCCCGAACAACCCCGUGUGUGGUCAGACCUUUCGGUGCUGUGGGGUCCAGGGUCACCCUCCUAUACAUAGUGUACAUAGUGUAUUUUGUCAGUAAUUAUUUUGGUACUUCUGAGAUGUAUAUUUAUUAAAGAGAUUUUUACAGAGUUA